CUCGCAGUCACCACCUCGUCGUCGCCCCGGGACAUUGAGGUUUGUGACGAUUUUGAAUACCCCUCUCCUCGCACGACCGCCAUUGUUUGCACCAGCAUCGACCCAGCUUCACACACACACCAGCAUAUAGAGGUGCUCCUUCGCACAGCGGGCGAGGAGCCGCCACUGACUCGCUCACUCACCCACUCGACACAUCGAAUCGCCAUCGAUUGGCGGCGCGCUUGACGAAGACGACGAUGAAGAUCACCAAAUCCCCCAAGCGACUAGCAGAGGCCACGCCCCAAGUGCGGGACCUCCUCGCCCAGAUUGCCGCCAAGUCCAACGACGACCUGCCUCAAGUUCUUGACCAUGUCGUCGAGUGGUGCUGGCCUCGCGGCGACCUCCACUACUGGACUCAGACCUUGAACCGCUUCGACGACAUUCUCGAGACGAGCACAAAGGAGUAUGGACUCGACAAGGGCGUGCAGGACAAGGAGUUUGAGCCGCAGAGGAAGAGGCUACUCGCUGCCAUCUUACGCUUCUCACGCCUGCUCAUCGAGAAUUGCACAAAUCGCAAGCUCUACAAUAGCUAUGAUCACCUCAAUUCACUCCUCUUGACUCGCGAUCAAGACGUCCUGGAGGCCACGCUGCGCCUUCUCCUACGCCCAGCCCAGCAGUACAGUAGCCAAGGCGGUGGUCGCUCCGAUCUGCCCGUAUCACAGGCUCGUCUCGCCACCCUCGCCCUUACGUGGUCACCUCGCGAGCACGGCGUCGACAUGGUUUCCAUCGCGCGAGAGAACAGCGAGAUUGCGACCGAAUGUCUCGACGUCAAGUUCGACUUUUACAAGAGGGACGCGCGCGUGCAGAAUGAGCAGAACGUUGCGGGCCCCUCCAAUUCGGCAAAGACGCACGAGGCCACCGCCAGUAGCUCCGCGCCCAGCGCCAGUAGCUCCACGCCAUCACGCCCUCCUCGGCCCGCCGCAGCCUCCGCCGCACGAGCAACGCCAGCCAAUCGUGACCCCGGUGCCAACACCGAGGGACUCACAACGAUCCGCCUCAAGAACGUCGCGAGCGCGCCCGCCGCCGACCUCUUCCAAUCCGUCGUCGCAGAGCACAAGGUGCCCGUAGAGGAUCAAUUCGAGCUCUAUCAAAAGAUCCGCGUCGCAGCAUCACUCCCCGAUCCAGCAGCACGCAAACAGCUCCUCGUCUGCCGCUUGCUUGCCAUCGCCUGCUACUCGCACAUCGUCCCCGAAUCGACGGCAAACACGCAGCUCUUCUUGUAUGAGCCGGACAUUGUACAGAAGACGGCAGCACUCGUCGAGUCGCAGACGCAGGGCGACAAGGUCGUUCAAGCUGCGGGUCUGUAUGCGUUGGAUGCCCUCGGCAGGUUCCGCUCCAAGCUCAGCGAGGUACUCAGCUCCGUGAGCGCUUCGGUCAAUCACGGCACGCUGUUGCGUAUCCUGCGCAGCACCAUCGACGACACGACGAGCGGCGAUGAGCCUACGUACUCUGAGCAUCUCAUCGACAGUCUAUUCGGCUUCAUCGCUUUCAUCACGAGCACCUCGCUCGGCUGCCAAAUGAUCGUCAACGCGGGGUUGGUCCCACUCCUCGUACAACUCGUAGACACUUGUCGCUCCGAGGUAUACACGCUGCAGCGCACCGUCACGCGCGCCAUCGGCCUCAUCGACUCGGUCGUCUACACUUUCCCGCCCGCCUUUCAAUGGUUCACUGACGCGCGCGGCCUAGACGUCUUUGUGCGCCGCAUCGAGGUCGAGGUGGCCAAGGACAUCAAGAACAGCGGCGAGAGUAUGAAUGACCCAGAUGCGCCCGAGGCAGGAAGCCCGGACUCCGUUUAUGGGCAGCUGAGCUUUGGCAAGGCCAGCCUGCUGCGUAAUCUCUUCAAGUCCAUCUCACACAUGAUGACGUCGACGGGUACCGCCGAGGGCCUGCGUGGCCUCAUUGAUUCGUCGCUCCUCGAGUCGGUAAAGACGAUCUACUCGCGUCGCGCGCUGUUUGGCCCACAGAUUCUUGCCCUCGCCAUCAACAUCGUCGCCACAUUUGUGCACAACGAGCCCACGUCGCUCGCGAUCAUCCAGGAGAAGAAGAUCCCCGAGCUGCUCCUCUCCCUCAUCGAGGAGGACGUCGAAGGGUCGUCGGACGUCGUCAACGCCAUCCCGAACGCCAUUGGCGCAAUCUGCCUCAACGAGAGCGGGCUCAACCUCUUCAAGUCGCGACGUCAGGCCAUCCUGGACCGGCUCUUCGCCAUCUUCACGUCUAAGCGCCACCUCCGCGUGCUGUUGGACCGCGACAUGGCUUCGGUCUUUGGGAGUUCGAUGGACGAGCUGAUCCGCCACCAGCCAUCGAUGAAGCAGCCCGUCUUUGAGCACAUCAUCGCUACGAUUGAUCGCGUGUCGCAAUUGGGCCGCGAGUGGGAGCCGCCAACGAGGGACGAAGACGCAAAUCGCUACGGCUUGCAGCUGGUCCCUGAGCUCGCAGACGCUGGCGAAGACUCGCAGACGCGCAGCCUCGCGCUAGGCGAUGUAGUCAUGGACGAGGCGGAUACGGUGCGCAACAGUCGCGAUGAGAGCCUGAUUGAAAACAACGACGUCAUCGGCUAUAUGAACGUUGUGGCACGCUUCUUGGACGGAUUCCUCCAGCACGCAAGCCACUGUCGCGAUUUCCUCAAGUCAGACGGGCCAGAGAAGCUACUGCGCUGGGCCUCGCUCCCCUGCCUGCCCUACAACUUCCCCUCGUCCUCCACCGCCGACUCUCUCGUCAUGCUGUUGCGAUACAUGACCGACACGAGCCCAAGCAGCGUGAUGAUGUGCGUCUUGAAAGAGGUCAAGCAGGGGCUGCACGAGACGGCCGAUCUAUGGAACAAGGACCCAAGCGUCUCAUCGUGCGCUGAGCUGCUAGCGCCGUCGAGCGAGGCGACUCUCUCGUCGAGCAACACGCGCUUCCGCGCCCUCGUCUCCCUCAACGCGCGGCUUCACCUGCUGAGCGACGUUCUCUCCACAUUUGGCUACGGGGGAAGCAAGACGGCCGCCGCCCUCAUGCAGAGCCUGCAGGCUAGCGCUGCGCACCCUUCGAUGGGCCAGGCGACCGUCGCCGACCUGGGCGAGUUGCUGCGCACCGUGUCAUGGGAGAAUAUCCUGCUCAAGGCCACCGCGCCGCCUGUGCCUGCCAGCGAGGAGCGCGGCGCCGGUGGCGGCGAGGCGUCUCAACCUGGUAUGCCCAGCAACCUGCUCGAGGACAAUGCGGGCGUCGUCGAGCGUGCGGCCGCUGCGGCGGGAGGUAGUGAAGGGAGUGCUGCCCGCAAUCCGCGCAUCGCCAACAGUCUCGCGCUGCGCUACGUCCUCUCUCAGCUGCCCGUAAGCCUCACGGCCUUCUUCUCCGAGACGACCAAACUCUUAUCGCCCGUCGCCAAGCGAUCGCCGGACGCAACGCAGCGCCGUACCGCAGCGCAGGUGACCGAGUCACUGGGCAAGGCACUUGCGGGCCUCUUUGCUAGCCACGAGUCGGAGAACACGAGCAACAACUUUGCCUACGCCACUACGACGAUCGGACACGUGACGAACAUACUGUACGAGGAGCGGGGCGCGAGCGUUACGGUGCACACGGGCGUAUUGGUGGCAUUUGAGCGCGCGGGAGGGAUAAUGGCGUUGAUUGACCUGUACAAGCGGUACGUCUCCGAGCUGGAUCGCCACUUCGCCGAGCACGGGGCGUGCAGCAGUCUCGACGAGUUGAGCGGGGACAAGGAGGCGUCCCUUCGUCUCGGACACGUCUGCGGGGGGAUCAAGGUUGCGCUGAACCUUUUGCAGAACCUCAGUGCUGCACGCCCGCUCAUGGAGAGCUCCUCGACUACGCAGCUGGUCAACGCAUCGCAGGCGAGCGGCGGAGAGCCAUUCAAACCCAACGAGAUCAUCCUGCGGCUGCGCCUCGCGAUUCUCCCGCACCUGAGGGAGACGUGGGAAAAGGCUUGGCUGCCCAACUUGCCGCUCAGCGUGAAUCGCAGCGUCAUGCAGACGUUGAUGCACAUCGUGCAGGGCGAGGGCGAGAAGGCGCCGCGCUCCAAGCCGGAGCCAUCUGCGGCGAGCGCAGCAGGCGCGACGGGGACGGGAGGCGGCAGCAAUCCCUUUGCGGGUGGCGGGCUCGAGGCCCUACUUGGAGGACUGGCAGGCGGGGUUUUCCCCUCCGGCAGCGGGACGGGCACGCAGGGUGGACCACGACGUGCGCAGCCUGUGCGGGCGGACGAGGGUAGGAUCCAGCAGCUGAUGGACAUGGGCUUCCCGCGUGGAGCGGCGAGGCAUGCGUUGGUGCGAUAUCAUAACAAUGCGACGGCCGCGACAGAGUAUCUGCUGGCGCACCCGGAGGUUGUGGGGAGCAUGGCGAACGAGCCCGACCCAGAGCCAGAGCCGGAGCGCGAGGCGGAGGCUGAGACGCAGGGCGAGACGGAGACGACCCCAACGACAGAAGCAGUAGCAGGUGGCUCUGGGACGACUACGGCGCAGCAGCCUGAAGCAAGCUCGAGUACGGCGAGUGCGGCGAGCGCGACAGACGCGGCCGCAGCUGUCCCCGCUGCGGCGCCCACGGACCCAGACGUCGCUAUGCAAGAGCAAGAGAGCGGCAGCGGUGGCAGCGCCGACGCCGAGGCAAGCAAGGCACAACCGCCCACUCAGCCCGUCCCCGCUUCAUCCUCAUCGCCGACCGAAGAGUCGCCCCUCAAGGCGCAGCUCGACGAGAUGCGAGCCCCCGUCAGUGCCAACAUCACGCAACGCGGCCUCGAGCUCGCCGACAAGCACGAGCUCCUCGUCUUCGACGUAAAAGACUCGGUUUGCAUCUUCUCCGAGGACACGCCGCGUACCAAGGCCACGCUACGCAGCAUAGUCGAGAAGAUUCACUCCCUCCAAUCCGAGGCAUUCGACACAAAAGGAGAGACAGCUACGGCUGUGCGCAUCCAUCUGCUGGCGGUGGUACUUAACGAAUUGCUCGUGUACAAGGCCAUGGACGACGAUCUAGCUCAGCUGACCAACAAUGCCCUAAGCGGGCUUGUGGCAGGGUAUGCCUCGCGCCCAGAGAGGGAUUCACCCUGCAAGUGGCUCGCCCCGCUCUUCCUCGUCGUCUCGUCGGUCCUAGGCCGCGAAGAGGCACCCGUCGAAACGUCCCCCAUCAAUGCAGACGAGGAACCACGCGCCCACCUCGAGCCGGCAAAGCGCACUUCCCGUUUCGAGGCUGAGGCGCACGCCUACUUCGACCUCUGCCUGCGCUCCCUUUCCCACGCGGACAAGCUCAGCCACGAGGAGCUUCUGGCACUCUACCGUCUGCUCGUCCUCCUUACCCGCAACACGCACAUCGCUACGAGCCUCGCGCGACGAAACGGCAUCGCUACACUGCUGCGCCCCUUCAGCGCGGCGGGCAGCGCGGGCAAGAAUAUCAAGGGCUGUCAAUCCUACCUCAUCCUCUGCCUGCGCCACGUCGUCGAGGCGGCGGGCCAGCUGCGGGCCAGUAUGGAGCUCGAGCUACGCGCCUUCUUCGCCAAGUGUCGCACGCGCACCGUCGACUCGCUCGCCCUCACGCGCUACGUUAGUCCGUUGGUGCUGCGCGACCCGCAGGUCUUCUUGGAGGUCGUCGAGGCCAAUGCGGAGAUUGCCGACUUUCAUGCUGUAAAGGGAACGGCGCUGGUACAGUUGGCAGAGCGCGAGGCGCAAAAGGACGGCACCGGCGGCGGCGGCGAUGAGAGCGCGGGUGCUACGACGCUUAACAUCGAGGAGCGUGCGGGAGAUGAGACCGUAGAUGGACCGCCCUCGCCGAGCAAGGGCGCACAAGGGGAAGACGCACAGAUGCAAGACCUCACCAAGCGCGGCGGCGGCGGCGGCGGCGGCGGCGCUGCGCACCCUCCCGCCAACCAGGACGUCGAUGCGGUCAUUCAUCUCCUACUCUCCGAGCUCUUGAAGACGUCGCGCGAGCGACCUGCGGCGUGGGCUAAGCGCGAGGCCGCUCGCAAGGUCAGCGACGCCGGCGGCGACGGCACUACUGCAGGAACCAGCGUGGACCACGAACACGACGACGACGCCCUCGACUCGACCUCCUUCUACUCGUGCUUCAUCAUGCAGACACUCACCGAGCUCACCUCUAGCUACACGACGUGCAAGACGAGCUUCAUGUCCUGCACCAAGCGACGUCUGGCCGCUCUCGCCCCUGGUACUACCCCGUCCAAGGCAAAGAACACUCCGGGCAUCAUGACUCUGUUCCUCUCCGAGCUGGCGCCCCUCGGCUUCCUCGAGCGCUGCGACGACAUGACCGAGAUGCGUCGCCGGGCCACGAUGAGCAACUGGGCGAUGAGCACGCUGGUCGCGAUGACGAGCGACAUCGGUUUCCACGCUACGGUGAAGGAGCUCGCGCCGGAGAUCAUCAGCGUGCGCAAGCAGAUCCUCGACGCCCUGGGCCGCGCACUCAAGGACGCCUCGUGCUCAAAGGAGAACAUCGAGGUGCGCUACGGCCGUCUCUACGCUCUUGCGGACCUCUGCCAUCGCCUCCUCUCUGCGCGACCUAGUGCCGGGAGCCCUUACCUCAAGCAGAGCGACGACUUGACGCUGCACAUUGCAAAGACGAUGUUGGAGAAGAAUUACGUCACCGUCCUGACGGGGGCGCUCGCUGAUGUGGACCUGAACCUUCCCACCGUGAAAGCGCUGCUGCACGCCAUCCUGCGACCACUCGAGCAACUCACCAAGGUAGCCAUCAAGGCGCAGUCCAAGGGCGAGCGCCACGCGCAUCGCUUUGGCUCCGGUUCGACUGGCAGCGAGUUUGGCGGCGACUCGUCGCCUUCGUCGUCGGUACGCGGCGAGCACCACGGCGAGGCCGGUGAGGCGGCGGAGCGCGAAGAGACGCCCGACUUCUAUCGCUCCUCGGCCCUCGGCAUGCACACGGGCGAGAUGGGCGAGCCGGAGGACUCGAUGGACGAGGACGAGGAGGACGAGAUGGAUGAUGAUGAGAUGGGGGAGAUGGAGGGUUACUCCGAGGACGAGGAUCGGAGCGAUUUGAGUGACGAGGAUGACGAGGAUGAUGGGGAGGACGACGAGGACGACUCGAUGAGCGGGGGUGACUCGAUGAGUGGGGAUGAGGUUGUGGAGGUCAUUGACGCGGACGGUGACGACAUCGAUGAGGACGAGGUAGAUGAGCUGGAGGACCCUGAUGGUUGGGAGGAUGAAGACAGCGACGAUUACUCCGACGACGAGGACGACGAGGAGGAUGCGCUCGACUUUGUCCUCAACGAGGGGGGUGGAGCCGAAGAGGGCGCCGAGGGCGGCGCGAGCGCUGUCACGUCGCACCUCGUCGACGCUGGCGAAGACUUGCUCGGUCUGCCUGGUCAACACGACCUCGACCUCGACGUAGACGAAGAGGAAGAGGACGAGGAUGGAGAAGAGGACGACGAGGAGGAGGAGGGCGGCUCGAUGUACUCGCGCUACGAUGAUGAGGACGACGAGCUUGACAUUCUUCAAGACAUGCCCACGCUCGCUGGCCAGCUCGGUAGCGGGCAAGACCGCUUCUCCGCACAGUGGAGCUACGGCCAGGCAUCCGGCGGGCGCUUUGGUGCCACCAACCACAUUCCUCCCUCAUUCUUCCUUGGCUCGGACGCCGGCGCCGCACCUGGGGGUAUCGCCGCAAAUGGAUCUCGACGUCAACGCCUCGCGCGCUCCACCAUCCCCGUCGAGGACCCAGCCUCGCAUCCCCUACUCAUCGACGACCACCGCAACUCGCGCGAGGGCACGCGGCACACCGCCUCGUCGCGCCGUAGCCGCCGUGCCAUGGGAGCAGGCGGAGGUGCAGGUGCAGACCCCAAUGCCCCGCCUGGAUCGUACCACGACUGGGCUUCGUCUAUCCAAGAGCUCGUCGGGGGCGGGACCAUGGACAUCUUUGAGGCCAUCUUUGGGCGUGCGGCGCAGGGUGGCGGACCCGCAGCAGGCGGCGCUGCUGGUGGUGGUGGUGGUGGUGCUGGCGGCGGUGGCGGCGGCGGUGGCGGUGGCGGAGGCGGAGGCAGAGGCGGACCAUCGACAGGACCAGGAGGCACAGACGCUGCCAUCACGAUUGAACUCGGCGAAGACGGACGAGGCGCACGCAUGGCCAUCAACGCUGGGCCGACACCACCAGGCCCCGGCGCAGGAAUCUCCGGCGGCUCAGCUCAAGCCUUCCAAGCUCUGCAAGAUCUCAACCGCCUCCGUCGUCACCACGGCGCCGGCCCCUCUCGACGUCAACGCGGCGACGGCGCAGAUGCCGCGGCUGCUACAGGUCAGCAACAGGCCCCUCCCCGCCAGGACCCCGUCUCUGCCAUUGCCGCAUUCGAGCCUUUGCCCACGCUGCAACGCUGGACCGACGAGGAACGCAUCAUCUUUGGGGAACGAUCCUCGGACAAGUCUUCACGACUGCGCAACCACAUCAAUGCGGUGCUGUGGCCCAAGUGGAAGGCCGAGGAGCAAAAGAAGAAGGCCAGCGACGAGAAGGAGCUCGCGGAUACGACUGCCGCGCGAGACCGCAUCUUGGAGGAGCUGCAGACGGUGCGCACGAGGUUGGAGGAGAGUCGCAGCGAGAUCGCGUCGCUGCAGGAGAGUGUGAGGAGUCACCGCGCCAACGAGGCGGGUGCAACGACCGCAGAGGAUGUAGAAAUGGGCGAGGGCAGCGGUGCGCCACGCGAGCCACGCGAGCCACCAGCGCCAGCUGCGGAUGCAGGGAGCGCGCCCAAUACGACAGUCGAGGAGGCCACGUCGAGUACGCCCACUGCACCCGCUGCGGCCGCCGCAACCACUGCCACCGCUGCGCCCACGCAACGCUCCAUUUUCCACCUGCACGGCGACGAAAUCGACAUCACCGAUCUCGACAUCGACCGCGAAGUCCUCGAAGCUCUGCCCGAAGAGAUGCAAGAGGAAGUCAUCAGCCAAGCCCUUCGCGAGCGUAGAGCUGCCGCCGCCGCAGAGAAUGCCGAGGAGACAAGCAUCAGCCCCGAGUUCCUCAACGCUCUACCUCCCGAGCUACGAGCGGAGGUGCUCGAGCAGGAGGCUGCCGAGCGCGCACAGCGUCGUCGUGACGAGGAGCGAGCGCGACAGCAGCAGGAGGCGCAACAGCAGGGAGCAAAUCAGCAGCAGGAGACUCAGCGAGGUGCAGGCUCGGCGCAGCAAUCGCAGCAGCAGCAGCAGCCGCAGCAGCCGCCACCCCAAUCAAGCGCUGCCGGUACCGGCGGCGACCUGGGCUCUGCUUCUCCCCUCGCUAGCCUGCAUACGUUGCUCGGCCAGCCCUCACGCGCUAACAUCCCGGGCUCUACACGCUGGCGUUCACUGAUGGGGCGCGAAGAGGGCGGUGAGGCUUCCGCGGCAGCAAAGACGUCAACAACGCAGCGCGACGCUAUCCAGCUCCUCGACGGCAACGGCAUCGCUGCGCUCAUUCGCCUCCUCUUCUUCCCUGGCCUCAAUGCCUCCAGCGCAGGGCUGCACAAGGUGCUCACCAAUCUCGCUCAGAAUGCCAAGUCGCGCGUCGACAUCCUCUCGAUGCUGCUUCGCAUCCUCGCCGACGGCUCCACGGACGCCCACGCAGUCGACAAGUCGUACGCCAGCAUGAGCGCCAAGGCGCUGACGCCCAUGCGACCGGCCAUGGUCAAGCGAGCUACGUCGAUGGCCUCGAUGAAUACGGUGACGCAGAGUCCCACGCCUGCCGUCGUCAUCGCCCCGCUCGAAGCGCCCCACCUCAUGGCCAGCCGCAGCAUCGAGACGCUCCUCCAGCUCACCACGCACAGCGAGCAGUGCGCUCUUUACUUUUUGACCGAGGACGCGCGCUUCGCCAAGAAGGCGGCGAGCGCGAACGCAAAGGGCAAGGAGAGCAGCAGCGCUCGAGGCGGCGCGCCUAUCAACGUCCUCCUGGCCCUCCUCGAGAAGCCAUCGAUCCUCGGCAACGCGCAGGUCGUCGACUCGCUCAUUGCGCUGCUUCACACCGUCACCAAGCCAAUCCCAGGCAUCGUAGACAAGGCAAAGAAGGCUGGGCGCGCCACGACGGACGCGGAAGACUCUGCUGCGCCCCUCGCGAGCAUCACCAAGUCGCACCUCGGCUUCGUUGUUCGUCCCCUCUCGACGGCCAUCUCCUCCAAGGGCUUCCAGCACACCCUCGCCGUGGCCGCCCACCUCGCAUCGAUAGACACCGAGUCGCGCGACGUCGUCACGAGCGCCCUACAGCGCGAGGCGGCAGAGGCGACUACCGUGCUCAGCGGCGACCUCGAUGCGCUCCUCGUCACGCUCCCGCUCGCCCGCGAGCCCGAGGAAGCCGGAGCCACGGGCAGCAACGAAGCGUCCACGCCCAAGACUCGCAUCCAGUCGGCAGCCCUGCCCGCUCUGGCGAAGCCGGCCAGCGCGCAGGCUCGUCUCUUGAGAUCGCUGCGGGCGUUGGAGUGGUUGUGCACGCGUACCUCGGCGUAGGCGUGCGCGCGCGCGCGCGAAGGGCGCGAAUGUAGAAGGCGUUUUUCAACAUCACAUCACAUCUCAUCUCAUAAUCUCACGAAUACAAGUUUCCAUUGUCCUUG